UCAAAUUCAAUGAAAAUCAAAUUCCAAUAAAAAUCAAAUUUCAAUGAAAAUCAAAUUUCACGAAAAAAAUAAAAAUUCUAAAAUUUAAUACAAAAUUCAUUUAAUAAAUUGAUUACGGAAUAAUUUCCUAUUUGUUCACAUUAACCGCUUAAUUGAUAUUUCUGGAAUAAUUCCACAAGAUUGUAUUGAGAAAUCAGAAUACCACAUAAUACAUAAAAGUUUUUUUUGAUAUUCGGUUGGUAAAAACAUUACACUAUAUAAUAAUUGAUCAAACCAUUUCAGUAUCAAUUUCUCUAUUGAUUUAAACUCAUUAAUUGCUUGAUUAAAGUGUAUAUUCUAUUAUUUUUUGUUUUGCUAGAUUACAACAAUCUAGUGCAUUUAUUCCAUAGCUAAGCUAUCACAAAACAUAUAGAAGAUAUACUUUAUAAUUUACUGAUAUUCCUACUUGUGUGCCAAAGAGAAAUUUUUUUACCAAUCAAAGUGAACAAAUAUAUAGGAUUUUUAUCUCUUGUUUUCAGUUGUACUAGCCACAAGAACUAGUACUAUCAUUAAAUAACGCUAUAGUUGAAAAAUCUUUUUUUGAUUAUUCUCAACAUAAUUUACAUCAAAAAUAUAUAAAGGUUUAUUGAACAUCUGUAUCACAAUACAGUACUUUAACUUAAAAACUAUUGUUCUGUUAAUCACAGACUUAACUCUUUGAAUAAAAUAAAAUAUCGAAUAUAAUUAUCAUACAAAAUGCCGCAUGAAGAAGAUUCCCCUAUAGUUGAUAGGUCAUUUAAUCCAUCAUACAAAGAUUAUUUUAGAUUUGAUUGUGAACAUUUACUUCAGUAUUGUGGAAAAGUGAAUGAGAGCCAAACAGAAGAUCAAAAUGAAUCUAUAUUAGAAGCAAGGUUAAAAGAGAUAGAAGCAAGAUGGGCAAAAGUAGAUACUUCUUAUCAAAAAGUAAUGUUAUCUCAAGAUGACACAAUUGAUAUAGAAUUUAAAAACCAAGCAAGAGAUGCAUUUGAUUCUUGUACAGAAGCAUAUGUCCAAACCACAUCACAAGUUGUUGAGUUCCUUAAAAGCAUGCGCUUAGAUACAGUACAAAUGCCAAUGUUCCAAUCAACAUCUCGACCUUCAAUACCAUAUCAAAAUCAAAUGAACGAUAGUUCAAGUAUCUGUAUUAAACUCCCACCAUGCGACACAGAAAUAUUUAAAGGUAGUUAUGAACAAUGGCCCUCGUUUAAAGACAUGUUCACUGCAGUUUAUAUUAAUCAUUCAAAACUUACUCCUAUAACCAAAUUAUAUCAUCUCAGAAACAAAACAAGAGGUGAAGCAGGAGCUAUAGUAAAACGAUAUGCAUUGUCCAAUGAUAAUUUUGAGUUAGCUUGGAAUGCGUUAAAAACUAGAUACGAAAACAAACGAGUUUUGGUCGAUAACCAAAUCAAAAUAUUGUUUGAUAUACCAGCCGCAAUUAAUGAAGAUAGUGAGUCCAUAAGAAAAAUACAGUCGUCAGUAAACGAUUCAUUAGUAACACUCAGUACGCUAGGAGUAGAAGUAAAUAGUUGGGAUCCCAUUUUAAUUCGUUUAGUAUCAACAAAAUUACCGGAAUGUACUCUAGCAUUAUGGGAACAAAAUUUAACUUCUCCUCGUGAAUUACCAAAAUGGUCGCAAAUGUCACAAUUUUUAGUAGACAGAUAUGAAGCGGUAGAGCGACUAACAGGCAUUAAAACAACAAAAGACAGUUUUACUCUUUCCAAUAAAAAAUCUCAUAUACAAACAUAUACAUCGCAAGAAAACAUAUAUACGAAUUGUAAACUCUGUAAUAAUGAACAUUAUUUAAGGAAUUGUCCAAAAUUCAAAACGUUUUCAACGCAACAAAGAAUAGAUUUUGUCUUCAAAAAUAAAAUAUGUAACAAUUGUUUAAGUCCUUCACAUAUUAAGACGAAAUGUAGAAGUAAAAGAACAUGUUUUUACUGUAAGAAAGAUCACCAUUCAUUAUUGCAUAUUGCACACAAACCAUCAAUUACACCACAAAAUUCUGAAAAUAUUCAAAACAAUGGUAAUAGUAACCAUACUAAAAAUAAUAUUCAAAAUACAAAUACACAAGCUGAACAGACGAGUAAUUCUUACAAAGAUGAACCUGCAACUACUUCACAACGCGUUCAGGCAAACUGCUCGUCUAGCAACGAAAAUAUUUUAUUGCGUACAGCUUUGAUGCAAAUAGAGCAUCAAGGAGAAAUCUUUACGAUAAGAGCUUUGAUAGACCCAGGCACCCAAAGAACAUUUAUUACAGAAAAAAUAAGAAGUAAAUUAAAGUUGCCUUAUAGAAAUUCUCAUUUUGAAAUUAGUGGAAUAGGAGGUCAAAAACAAUCCGCAAAAAAAGAGUGUGAAUUUAUUUUAUAUGCAAAGAAAUAUAACCUACGAGUUCCAAUUAAGGCAAUCGUCUUGUCGAGUGUUACUAAUACACUACCAGCAGUUACGUUUAAAGUCCCAUAUUCUGCAGAACUUAAGAAAUUGGACUUAGCUGACCCAAAUUUUAAUAAAUCUUCCCAAAUCGAUCUUAUUCUUGGUAAUGAUUAUGAACAUUGUCUGAAUCUAGAAGGCAUAAAGAAAAAUAUAUGUGGCCAAACAUCAGCCUAUAAAACUAUAUUUGGAUGGGUGCUUAGCGGACCAAUAAGAGCUGAAACUGUUCAAUCAUUCUCAACUGCGGUUACUUCAUCAGAAUCUUCAGAAGUCAGUACACUAUUGAGAAAAUUUUGGGAGCAAGAAGAAAUACCCAAAACUCGCCUUACGUCAGAAGAAGAUGAUUUUGUUGAACAAUUUUACACUCAAACAACUACUCGAAACAAAGAUGGACGAUAUAUUGUAAGGUUACCUUUUAAAAAAGAGUAUCACGAAUCAGUAUAUUUAGGAUCAUCUAGAUUUAUCGCAUUAGCUCAAUAUGCCAGUAUGGAAAAAACUUUAGGAAAAAAUAAUGAAUUGCAAGCUGAAUAUAAAUCUGUUUUAGACGAGUAUUUAACUCUAGACCACAUGGAAGAAACAACAUCAACUGAAAUUAAUUAUGAAGGUAAAUUUAGUUCUUAUUAUUUGCCCCAUCAUGCGGUCGUGCGACCUGACCAUAAAACAACAAAGCUGAGAAUUGUGUUCAAUGCCUCUAGGAAAACAAAAUCCAACUUUUCUCUAAACGAUGUUCUGUAUACAGGUCCUACAAUUCAAAACGACUUAAUAACAGUAAUUCUGAAUUGGAGAAGAUAUAAAUACGUGUUCAGUGGGGACAUACAGAAAAUGUAUCGUCAAAUCCUAAUUCAUCCAAAUGAUAGAGCAUUCCAAAGAAUAUUAUAUCAACCUGAAAAAAAUGGCCCUAUUAAAGAUUAUGAAUUGAAAACUGUUACGUUUGGAGUGAAUAGCGCGCCUUUUCUAGCAAUUCGUACGUUACAUCAACUAGCGUCAGAUUCAAAAGCGGAAUCUCCCAAAGCAUCAUCCAUUUUAAAGUAUGAGACUUAUGUAGAUGACAUAUUAACUGGAGGGUUUUCAAUUGAAGAAACUCGAGAGGCACAAAAUGAAUUAAUUAAAACUCUGAAGUCUGCUGGAUUUUUACUCAAGAAAAUAACAGCAAAUGAUACACAGUUAUUGGAAGAUGUACCAAAAGACGAUAUAUAUGAUUCCGAUUUUUUACGGUUUCAUGAAACUAGCUCCACAAAAACUUUAGGCAUAAAGUGGAACGCAAUAUCAGAUACAUUUACAUAUACUUUUUCAGCACUAAGUCCAUCUACGAAAAUAACAAAACGCCAAGUUCUGUCAUCAGUCGCAAAACUGUUUGAUCCAGCUGGAUGGCUAGCCCCUAUAGUCAUCAGAGCAAAAAUAUGUAUGCAGCAGUUAUGGUUAGAAGGUAAAGACUGGGAUGAAGAAGUUUCUGAGGAAUCUCUACAAAAUUGGAACAAUUUAGUACAAGACUUAUCUGAAGUUGAACUAAUAUCAAUUCCCCGUUGGAUUCAACUUAUGCCUAAUGAUACAAUACAAAUUCACGGUUUCUGUGAUGCAUCGAAAUCCGCUUAUUGUGCCACUGUAUACAUUAGGUGUCAAACAAAAACUCAAAAUGUAUUCUCAAAUUUACUAGUAGCAAAAAGUAAAGUUGCCCCUUUACAAACUGUCUGCCUCCCGCGCUUAGAGCUUAAUGGCGCAGUGUUAUUAGCAAAUUUAGUUAAUUACGUAAUAAACUCUCUUAAUUUCAGUAAAAGCGAAAUAUAUUUGUGGACAGAUUCAGCUAUAGUCCUUGGAUGGUUAUCAAAACCACCUUCAUCAUGGGAAACUUAUGUGGCAAACAGAACAUCACGAAUACAUGAAUUAAUGACUAAUGUCACAUGGCGACAUGUUCCAACACAUGAUAAUCCAGCUGAUUUGGGCACACGAGGUUGUAAAGCACAAAAUUUGGUAAAUAAUUCACUUUGGUGGAAUGGACCAUCAUGGUUAAAAAAACCAUCAUCAGAAUGGCCUAAACGAAAUAUAUUAAAUAAUAACCCAGAAAAUAAAGAAAUACAAUCUCUAAACGUUCAGCUUGAAACGGAUGACAUCCUAGACAAUUUUUCAUCAUAUGGCAGAGCUUUACGGGUAAUAUGUUACAUUUUUAGAUUUUUCCAUAAUACUAAUAAGAAAAUGCGUAAAAAUUUAAAACAUAAUACUCAAAUUGCAUUGACACAAAAUGAAAUGAAAUUUGUAAAGUCAAGACUAAUUGUUUUAGCUCAAAAAACAUUUUAUAACGAAGAAUAUCAAUGCGUAAGUAAAUCAAAAGAUAUUUCAAACAAAAGUACGCUGAAAAGUUUAAACCCAUUCAUAGAUAAAGAUUCAAUUUUGAGAGUAAAUGGUAGAUUAGCUCAUUCAUCACGACCAUAUGGCGAACGUUAUCCCAUAAUUUUACCUGGCAACUCCCGAUUUUGCCAAUUAUAUUUACACCAUUUGCAUGAGUUUCUCUUUCAUGCUGAAUGCGGUCAAAUGUACCGAAUAAUACAAACUGAAUUUCUCAUAUUCAGACUAAAACCUUGUAUUAAGAAAAUAAUCCGUAACUGUAAAAUAUGCUUAAUAUAUAAAAAGCAGCCAUGCUCUCAGAUAAUGGCUCCCUUACCUCCGGAAAGAUGUAAUCUCUCUCUUCCUUUCCAGGUAACAGGUAUUGAUUUUGCUGGACCUUUUGAGUUAAAAACGUCGAUUCUAAGAAAAUCUCCAAUAACUAAAGGAUAUGUAAGUGUAUUUGUAUGUUUUAGCACGAAAGCUGUCCAUUUAGAGCCAUGUUCAGAAUUAUCCUCAGCGGCAUUCCAAGCUACCUUCGCUCGAUUCAUUGGGAGGCGGGGGCUCCCCCAAAGGGUAGUUACGGAUAAUGGACGAAAUUUCUUAGGUGCUAGUAGAAUGCUGGAACGAGAAUUUUCUGCGUUUGUUAAAAAUAGUGCCCAAGAUGUAGCGCAGAAAUAUAUAACACAUGGGUUUGAAUGGAAAUUCAUCCCACCUCAUGCUCCUCAUAUGGGCGGCCUCUGGGAAGCAGCCGUAAAAAGCUUCAAAUAUCACUUUAAACGAAUUGCUGGGGCUCACAAAUUCACCUUUGAGGAAUUCGCCACAAUUUUAGCACGAAUAGAAGGAGUACUCAAUUCCCGGCCUAUAUCAGCAGUAUCAGAAGACCCUUCAGAUCUCACAGCUCUAACGCCAGGACAUUUUUUAAGAGGUGCCCCUUUGAUGGCAUUCCCUGAACAAGAUUGUUCGAAUAUGUCGGUAAUAAAUAGAUGGGAAAAGCUGAAGGUUAUACAUCAUCAAUUUUGUCAACGAUGGAAAAAUGAUUAUCUAAAAUCACAUCAUAAAAGGUAUAAGUGGAAAACCUCAUCUCAAAAUAUGCAGGUUGGAGAUUUAGUCAUUAUUAUGGACGAUCUACUGCCGCCUCACGAGUGGAAUCUUGGCCGAAUUGAAAAAACUUGUUCCGGUUCAGAUGGUAAUGUACGAACUGCCGAGAUACGAACUGCUAAUGGGGUCCAAUCGACGACUAACCGCCACUCGGGUCCCUAAUGAAAAUCAUAGCCCUAAUGAAGAGAGAAGCGUGGUAC